AGUCGUGACAAAACCCCUCAUUUUUUGUCCCGCAUCUUCAUUCUUUUUAAAUAAUAUCAAUAUCUGAUGAAGCCUUCGCCUCAAACAUUCACAUUGUCAUAAUUCGGGUUCGGCUGCUCCUUUUUCUAGUAAGUAUGCUUUAGCGACCUUCUCCUCUUGAUAAAAACUACAUCUUCUUUUGUUGAAAGCUAUAUUAAUUACAGAAAAGAAGAACCAAAUAAAAUACAAUGGCUCAAUCCUUCGGUGGCCGGCCCGCUGCUGCGGGAGACCAGCACUUGAAGAGUGGCAUGUUUGACGAGUUGGGGAACUACAACUUCUCCCAGCGUGAGAUCCGCGAGUACCAUCAUGACUUUGCUUAUCUCGGUGGCGGGCUUGGUGCUGACGAAUUGGAAGAGAAAGCCAAGAAGAAAAAAUUAGUGGGCAAAAUCGAUUUCAGUGUCAAACUACCACCGAAAGAUGCUGGAUUGAGAGGAAGGAUUGAAGCCUUUGCAGUGAAGUGUGCGAAACAAGAGGAUCCUGACUUUUGCGAGCAUAAUUUCUUCACUAGGGAUCCGAAAACGUACUUCUGGUUGAGGGAGGAUGACGGCAGUAGCAGAAAAUACGAAGUGGAUAAGAGAACCGGAAGGAUCCUGAAAGAAGACAGCUGGAAGAAGAAAGCUGGAGGUAAUGCUGGUGCUUCGUCAUCUAGUAGCUCGUCUAGUACUCAAACGCCAUUUGAGAAAGAGCAGGAAACAGCGGCGCGCGACUACUACCAGUUUGUGAAACACUGUUGUCAGCGGUCAGUAGAUUUCAUACCCUUGGUAGCGAAGCAACAGCUGGUCGAAGCCGAUCGAAUAGCGAAAUUGAGUGGACUUACUUUAUGUUCUUGCUUGAUGCGUCUACUAUUCUACUCUUCUACUUCUACCUAAACAUACUUACGCGAUAGUACAUAGGUGUAGUGCUAGUGCAGGGCUAGUGCAGCAGUUGUAUGAAAGUAAUAGUACUAAGCUCAACAAACUUUUGUUCUUUUGUUCUAAUCCCCGACGCUGCUGCACCUCCACCCGACAAAAACCAAGCUCCUAAGGGCUUAAAGGACGGAACAGCAGGACAAGACGAUCCCGAUGACCCAGUGAAGAAAUUCCUACCAGGUUCUAGAGUUGAAGUUCUAGGCCUCAAGGCCAAACCAGAACUAAACGGUGAAUUCGCUGUCGUCAAACAUCAUAUCCCUGCUUCUGGUCGUUUCCAGAUUGAAUUUGAGAAGUACAAGAUUGAGAUCGCGGUGAAGCCAGCAAAUUUGAUGUUCGCAGAGAACCAGAGCAAAACAGCCGCUGAAGAAGAUGCAGACGCGAAAUGGACGCACGAUAUUCCGAAAAAUGCGCGUGUCAUGGUGCAGGGACUGACUAGUGACGCAGGCAAAUUGCUAAACGGUCAAAAAGGAGAAGUCGUCAGCUACGACGAUGAGAAGAAGCGAUAUAACGUGAAGUUGGACUCGCAGCCGAGUGCGGUGAAGAAGGUACUAUCACAAGUAGACUUGAAGAGGAUGAACUUCUGCAAUUCAGUUUCAGUUCUUGACUCUUGACGAAAUUGCGAUCAAAAUUCGAAUGAUACCUAAUAAAUUAAAAUUAUCCCAACCAAAUAAUACCUAGAAAUUAUGAUCCCAAGCCCCUCGCACAACCAACAACCAGGUAAAAGAGGAAAAUCUCAAAUGCGUCCUUCCUCCCGGUUGGGAAGAGCACUAUGACGAGCAUAUGGGCAAGUAUUUUUACCGCAAUACUGCAACCCAACGAAUCCAAUGGAAACAUCCAGUUCUCAAAGCCCGUGUUGGGGGUGCGGCUAAGGAGAAGGAAAUGCGCGAGCGCAUGGAGCGUGGGGAAACGAUGGACUUUGACGUCGAAAACGAGAAUCUGGACUUCGACAGAAGGCGCUACGCUUGUGAUGACUUGAACGAAGGCGAAGGCGGGUUUAACCUGAAGGAUUUGGUGUUAUGGAACGGGACCAUCAUGAUAAUAUUAAAGUGGAACUAGGUAGAACAACAACAAGAAGUUUCAGAGCUACAACUCUUUUUGCUCGAUAAUAUCAUAGAAUGUUCUCACAGCUUUGCCACGGCCACUCUCUUCUUUUACUAGAAGACAGAGUGACCGUGAGGUCUUCUCAACAUCGCUGCUCUAAUCUCCGCCAAAGUAUCUCGUGAAGAGGAUAGAAAACGCAGACGAGAAGCGGGUGAAGAGGUGGAUUCCGACGCCGAAGAGGACGCCGCAGAACUGGCUUGGAAGAAGGAGCAUGGCUUGGUCGAAAGAUUAAGGCUACAAGCAUAUUGAAAUUGAGCAAUCCAUCUCCACCAACAUCUUUUUAGUUCCGUUUUAUUUAAAAAAGGGACGAAAUCGAAAAGGAAAUCUAGUACGGAAAGGAAUUAUACGGGAAGCAAGAUGUUGAGCCCGAAGGUGGAUUUCUUUUACAGUUCUAAAAAGAGCCCGCAAACGGUCGAAGAAAGAACGACAGCAAUUGUUCAAACACAGUAGCUUGUUGGAUAAUGUGAAACAAGCGAAGAAAAUCAUCUACGACGAAGCUGGAGUCUCAACUUAUCAGCCUGUCCACGUGUACGACAGCAAACAGGAUGCGCAGUCGGUGUUGGAAGCCAGAUUGGACAUGCUGAAAUCGUGCAUAGAACGGAUAAAGGGGGAGAUUGUGGCUGCUAACGGCGGUGUUAAUCCUAAUACGGGUAAUCCUGCUGGAGAAGGAGAUGAUGACGAGGACGAAGAUGAAAAGAUCAUAGUGAGCAAGGAGAAAGUUCCAUCGCAGCUGUGGCGUGAUUGUGCCGUAGGCAUGGUGAAUGCCAUCGAUGUGGUUAAGCGAGAGUUUGAGGAUGCGAGACAAAAGCAUAUGGUUCAAACGUUGAACUUGACUCUGCUAUCGCUAUUAGAUGACGAAGAUGGUUUGAUCAAACUAACUGCGGAACAGUUGGCGGAUAAGAUGGACUCGUUGUUGGGGUUGUUGAAGUGCAUGCUUUAAGCAGCUUGAAUUUUCUUGGAGUUUGCGUUCAAACGUUGAUCAGAAAACGAAGUACCCCUGAACGGUGAAAAAGCCUACACCGUAGAUCUAUCGUCCACUUUCUACUCAAUAAGCUCUACCAGAAACGGCCUUCCCUUUUCCAAGAACUUUCCUGAUACCUAACAAAACACCUAUCUAGGUCGGCC